UCUCUCUUUCCUUUUCCUGUCUGCAAAAAGAUCACCAAAAACAUUAAAAACAAAGAAGAUCAUUUUCCUAUCUGUGUUUCACAAAUCAACCUAUUUUUGUUCUCAAAUUCAAAAAUUCUGAAUUGGGUAGCAGCAAAAUAAAUAAAUAAAAUAAAAUAAAUUAGAAAAAGAUAUGAAUGCAAUAAAGGAAACAGUUUCAGAGAAACUUUCAAGACUUUUUUCUGAUUCUCCAUCUAAAUCUUCUUGUGAUCAACAACAACCUCAGGCCAGGCCAUACACAAAAGAGGGAAGAUCUUUAUCAUCUGUACUUUCUAUCUUUCUCCCUUCGAAGUCUUUUGGUAAGUUCAGAGAUCAAAAUAAUCCCGAGACGCUUAAAUCACAUUCUUUUACGUGGAGAAGUAAAAGUUUCUCAUGGCGUGAUAGACCUAUGGAGAUGCCAAAUGAUCACAUUGAAGAAGGUGAAGAUGUCUUCAUCACGAGUUCAUUUGGUGUGGUGAACGAAUCAUUCUAUACGCCUAGGUGUAAUGGAGAACCUAAUUCUGCAAGAAGCGUUGCCAGUGGUUUUGAACCUUUUGAAGACAGUUUGGAGCAGUACAUGCCUGAUCUCAUCGAUGAUUCUGUUCUCAUUUCUUCGGAUUUGUAUGAUUUUUUCCAGAGUUCUCUCCCUAACAUAGUGAAAGGUUGUCAAUGGUCCUUGUUGUAUAGCACCGCGAAACAUGGUAUAUCACUUCGUACGCUAAUUCGCAGGAGUGCUAAUACUUCUGGUCCUUGUUUGCUGAUUACCGGCGAUAAGCAAGGUGCUGUAUUUGGUGGGUUGCUUGAGGCACCACUCAAGCCUACGGUGAAGCGGAAGUACCAAGGAACAAUUCAAUCAUUUGUAUUCACAACAGUAUAUGGUGAACCAAGGCUAUUCAGACCUACGGGUGCCAACAGAUAUUUUUACUUAUGCAUGAACGAAUUACUGGCAUUUGGAGGAGGUGGACAUUUCGCGUUAUGUUUGGAUGGAGAUCUGUUAUCUGGUAAUAGUGGACCUUGUGAUACGUUCGGGAACUUAUGCUUGGCACAUGAUGAAGAGUUUGAGUUGAAGAACGUUGAGCUUUGGGGUUUUACGCAUGCAUCUCGAUACCUUACCUCGUAGCAUGCAAGCAAGCAAGACCACAUACAUAUAACCCCUAAAUGCAGGGUCUGGAUAGACUGGAGCACAUGCGCACCUCCCCCGACUAGAGUGUACGCAGCUGCAUCUUACCCCUACCUUAGAAAUAGAGAGGUUGUUUCUGAUAGACCCUCUCUCGAGGAAACCUCAUAGCAAGCUCGAAAUAUUUUUUUUCUAUUUAUCUGAUAAAGAUUAGAAAUAUGAUUAUUUAUUCUUUCAUGUCCAAGAAGCAUUAAUCUCCAUUUUAAUCUUGGAGAGUUCAUGGUGUACAUGUAUUAAGAAUGAGAUUCUAGUUAGUCUAGAUUAAGUCAGCUGAUUAUUAUGCUUGUAGGUACUCAUUCUUCUUGUUUAUGACAUAAACAUUUCAACUCUUGGCACUCCAUAAGUGUUGUAUUGUAAUUAAAACUCUUUAUAAAGUAGUAUGAGUGUUACUGUAUAAUCAAAAGGAGUUGUUUGGUACGAG